CUAAAAAAACGCGAGAAACAACAUGUUUUUCAUAUUGAAACUGGUGUUAAUAUUUUUAUUAAAUGAAACGUACGCGUAUAUCACGCAAGAUAUCCAAAGAAUAUUGCUGCCGACAUGGAAUUCGACAAGUGCAGACAAAGUACAUACAAUUGACUCUGAAAGUUUUUGGAACACAAAUUCAAUUAAACUUGCAUAGAAGUAACCAAACUGUAUCGUCCACAUUUGAAGUAUGGAAAUAUGGGGCAAAAAGCAUCACAGAAGGACUAUCGCAAUUAAACGCAUCGAAUGCUUGCUAUUAUCUUCACAAAGAUCAUAUCAGCACUGCGAUUAUGAACUUUUGUCAGGAAUUUGGAUGGGAAGGAUUUGUUUUUCUGAAAGACGAUACAUUAGUAAUUAGACCUUUGCGAGAUGACCUUGCGUCUUCCUCCUUAAUCGACAAUCUUUGCGUUAAAGAAGAGAUGAAUAUUUCAUUUGGCAAACCACAUUGUAUAAAAAGAUUAUUGCAAUCAUUUGCUGAUUCAAGUUUUGAUAACUUGGAUAAUUUAAAACUGAAGCCACGUCAUGUACGAAAUACGGAAGAAAAAUUAACUGUGGAACUAGGCGUUUUCAUCGACGAAGCCGCAUAUCGUACAUUCAUGCCUUUUCUGAAAGAAGAUAAAGAAAUGUUGCGCUUAAUGAUAUUAGCGUACGUGAAUAAUAUCCAAGCUCUGUACCAUCACCCGAGUUUGGGUGUUUCUAUCGAUAUUUCGUUGGUAUAUUUGGAAAUUAUGCAAGAACAACUAUCAAAUUUGUCAGUUUUUGGCAGCGCUAAGAAAUUGCUAAAUUCAUUUUGCAAGUACGCGAAAAGUGUCAAUCCUCCGGACGACAACGAUCCGCAACACUGGGACGUUGGUCUUUACCUAACCGGAAUAAAUAUUUAUUCGAUGAGCAAUUAUAUCAUGGGAAGAGCCAGAACCAAUAGUGUGUGCGAUCUAGUUAGGUCGUGCGCAAUAGUAGAAUUUGGUGUUACAGGUGAAAUAUCCUCAGGUUUUGCAUCGUCUGUCAAUGCAGCUCAUGAGAUUGGCCAUGUCUUAGGAAUGGUGCACGAUACCGAUAAUUCAACUCCGGGUAAUACAUACAAAUACAUAAUGUCAUCUUCCAAACUCCAUCAAGGCCAAGUAACAUGGUCCAAGUGUAGCCAUGAUGUAGCUGAAAAACUCUGGAAUACGAAAAUGUGUCUUCGAGAUCGUACGAGACAAGAAAAUCUCGCAUAUGACCAUUCAAUUUAUCACGAUUUACCCGGAAGAGAAUGGACUGCCAAAGCACAAUGUGAAGUAUAUUUUCGAGACAAAAAUGCAAAUGCAGUCUCGUUACUCGAUAUAUGUAAAACCUUACGGUGCGAAGUGCCACACGAGAAAAGACAUAAAUUCACGGGACCGGCGUUGGAAGGAACUACUUGCGAACUCGGGAAAGAAUGUCGCGGCGGAGAAUGCGUCCCCGUUAUCGAACCACCAUACAUUUUCCACUAUUGUAAAAAUGAUAACUGGAGUGAAUGGGAAGAAGGCGCCUGUCAAAGUAAUUGCUUGGAGAAAUCCAAGGGCGUAAAAGUCAAACGACGAUUUUGCACACAUAACAGUCGCAGAACGGCGUUUUGCGGAGGAUCAUAUUAUGAUGUGGUUCUGUGCAAUGACUCGAUGCUUUGCACUAAACAUCGCAUGACAACCUCAGAGUUUACUACCACAAAAUGCAUUAUAUUCAGCAGUAUUAUAAGCCGUACAGUAUAUAAUCAUAUAAAACUGAAAGCGGGACCGGGAGUUCAGGUCUCUCAUAACGUUUCGGAACCGUGGAUGGCCUGUGCUAUACAUUGCAAACAAAAAAAUUCAUCUGCUCUCUACGCACCACGUUUGGAAUUGCUCAGCUACGAUAUCGAUCCAUAUUUUCCAGAUGGAACGUGGUGUCACCAUAAAGAUGGUCAGGAUUACUACUGCCGCCAACAUUAUUGUCUGCCGGAAAUCUACUCUUAAGAAUAAUUGUCGACGUGUGUCAGCGAGGAUCGAAAAAAGAAAAAAAUAUGAACAAUCGUAAAUCAGUCUGGAAUAGUUGGUCCAUUCGUUUGCUACCGAAUAUUCGAUUAGACAAUCUGUCGUUAUGAAUACCUGUUCUACAUAUCAUCGAUACCUUGCUUAACGUAAACAAAAGGACAAAGAAUUACGUCGAAUUUUCAACAUACGAAGAGGAAUGCCGUCGAUUAGCAUUAGAACAAACGUAAAAAAGAAAAUAAUAAGUAAUAAUUAACAUGUUUGCAAAACGGUCAAAUUAAUAGCUGAAUAAAGUAAAGGUAUUUUUAUUUCGUUUGAGACAAUGUGUCGAAAGAAAGUGAAUGAGAAUGGUAACGUCACUCACUAUGUUAUAUAUUUUAAUAGUCUGUCAAUAUUUUAUUAAUACUUAUACAGAAACAAUUAAUAAACAAAGAAGAGAAAGAAAAUUUUAUUACAGAAUUAAAAAAUUUCAAUAUUAUUUAGUAAAAAUAUUUAUUUAUUGAACUCAUGAGCUCCGAACAAGUCACGAUGUCAAAAAUGGAUCAAUUUCAAUAUAUUUUCUUAGUUAAUCAGUAAAUCAGUAACCAAUUGUAUUUUAUUUCUAUAGUAUAUAAUGUUUAUAUUUAACAUUAUAUAACAUAAUAUUUAUAAGGCUAAAUUGCGCCCGCACAAUGUUAUGUUUUAGUCUUUCUAAAAUUGUCAUUAAUUAAAAUUUUUUUAACGUUUGUGAAUAUUGUUCAAAAUAUUUGUGAAUAAUGUAACAUAUUUUACAUAUC